CUGGGGGCGCGGAGCCGACAGCAGUGCGGGGAGCGUCCGGGCAUCCCCCCGCGUUCACCCCUCGCUACACGCCCACUUCCUCCCCUACAAGGGCUGCCUCUACGGGCUGCGGAGCUGCGUCCCGGUGCGCAGCCACAACAGGCAGCACGGUAACCCUGUUCGCCAGGACGUCAGAUGGGGCCAGUGUUGCUGUCGUCGUUGCUGCUGCUGGGGUUAGGCCAGGCCGCCCCCCGGGACCAUGAGGUGACGUACCUGCCCGGGCUGUCAAAGCAGCCCUCCUUCCGCCACUUCUCGGGCUACCUCUGCGCCGGGCCGGGCAAGUACCUGCACUACUGGUUCGUGGAGGCCCAGAGCAAUCCCCAGAACAGCCCUCUGGUGCUGUGGCUGAACGGAGGCCCUGGCUGCAGCUCCAUGGAGGGCUUCCUCAAGGAGCAUGGCCCCUUCCUGAUCCAGCCUGAUGGGGUCACACUGAAGUACAAUGAGUACGCAUGGAACAAGAUUGCCAACAUCCUCUACCUGGAGUCUCCCGCUGGUGUUGGCUUCUCAUACUCUGAUGACAAGAAAUACGCCACAAACGACACGGAGGUUGCUCACAACAACUACCUGGCACUGAAGGACUUCCUCCGGCUCUUCCCCGAGUACUCCAAGAACGAUCUCUUCCUCACAGGGGAGAGCUAUGGAGGUGUCUACAUUCCCACACUGGCAGAGUGGGUGAUGCAGGACCCCAGCCUCAACCUGAAGGGAAUCGCUGUGGGAAACGGCCUCUCAUCUUAUGAGAUCAAUGACAACUCCCUGGUUUACUUUGCCUAUUACCACGGGCUGCUGGGGACCGAGCUAUGGAAAGACCUGCAGGCCUUCUGCUGCUCCCAGGGGAAGUGCAACUUCCAUGACAAUGCCAACCUGAACUGCACACUCAAGAUGGGGGAGAUGAUUCAGAUUGUAGAGGAGUCUGGCCUCAAUAUCUACAACCUCUAUGCCCCAUGUGAUGGAGGUGUCCCAGGGAGCGUAAGGUACGAGGGUGAUUAUCUCAUCACACACGACCUGGGCAACUCUUUCAUCCGGAUGCCACUGCGGUUCUCCUGGAGGCAGAACCUGUUCCGGAUGCCAGUAGCCCGAAAGAAGGUCCGGAUGGACCCCCCCUGCACCAAUUCCACAGCCCCUAGCAUGUAUCUGAACUCCCCUGAGGUGCGGAAGGCUCUGCACAUCUCCCCCGAGGCCCCGGAGUGGCAGGUGUGCAGCUUCGAUGUGAACCGCAGCUACAAGCGCCUGUACAUGCAGAUGAAUGAGCAGUACCUCAAGCUGCUUGGAGCCACGAAAUACCGGAUCCUGGUGUACAACGGGGAUGUUGACAUGGCUUGCAACUUUCUCGGGGAUGAGUGGUUUGUGGAUUCCCUAUGCCAGAAGGUGCAGGUGGCUCGUCGGCCCUGGCUCUAUACUGAAAACGGUGAGAACCAGAUCGGUGGCUUUGUGAAGGAAUUCACCAACAUCGCUUUCCUCACUGUCAAGGGAGCUGGCCACAUGGUGCCCACAGACCGGCCACUUGCUGCCUUCACCAUGUUCUGCCGCUUCAUUAAGAACCAGCCUUACUGAGAGCUGCAGAGGUAGCACCCGGCGCUCCAGCUGCUCUGACCACCCCACCUGCUCUCACUGCCGGCACCUUGCACAGCCCAUCCUCGCUGCUGCUCGGCUACACCACAGACCUGUCACACCUGCAGCCUUUCCCCCGGCUGGACAGGGCUGCCUGCCAUGGGCGGGGGACCUGGGCUGGGGGACUCUGUUCCUUGUGGGAGAGGCAUUGCGCACCUGAUGCAGACACCUCCUUCCUUGUGGCUUCCUGUCUUGCCUCCUCUUUGUCUGCGGCGGCAGCAGCAGCUUCCCUCCCAGGCAGGGAGCAACCCCCAGCGCUUCCCCUUGGCCCCACAUGCACACGGCCUGGGCAGGCUAUGAGGAGCAGCAGCAGGGGGUGGCUGGGUCCUGCACACCUCUACCUUGGCUCCCACCACCUCUGCUCCCACUGAAGGGGACUUACCACUACUACCACACCAAUCCCACUGCCAGGGCACGCAGUGCUUCAGGAACUUGCAAUAAAUUCUGACCGAGGUGA